GCCCGAAGUUGCGCAUGCGCAGAUCACAGCAGCCGAUCAGCUGACCGUGAGAGAAGCCUUUGGAAACACUGGAGUGUCAUUAUGAAUAUCAAAUCCUAAAACUGCUCCUUUGAAAAUUACUGAGUCAAAUCUGCCAAGUAAUCGUCGCGUAAUCUCGUUCACGUUGAAAUCAGACUCUCCAUUUGUCGCUCCUCAGCAGCCAUGACUGAGUUUUGGUUGAUUUCUGCUCCUGGAGAGAAGACCUGUCAGCAGACAUGGGACAAACUAAUGACGGCCACGACUCGUGCCAACAACCUCUCCACCAACAACAAGUUCAACAUUCCCGACCUCAAGGUCGGGACAUUAGAUGUCCUGGUGGGGCUGUCUGAUGAGCUGGCCAAACUGGACGCUUUUGUCGAGAGUGUGGUGAAGAAGGUGGCUCAGUACAUGGCUGACGUGUUGGAGGACAGUCGAGAUAAAGUCCAGGAGAACCUGCUGGCUAAUGGAGUCGAUCUGGUCACCUACGUCACAAGAUUUCAGUGGGACAUGGCCAAAUACCCUAUCAAACAAUCCUUGAAGAACAUCUCUGAGAUUGUAUCCAAGCAAGUCUCACAGAUUGACAAUGACCUGAAGGCUCGAGCGUCAGCCUACAACAACCUGAAGGGAAACUUACAGAAUCUAGAGAGGAAGAAUGCAGGGAGUCUGCUGACCAGGAGUUUGGCAGAUAUUGUCAAGAAAGAAGACUUUGUGCUUGAUUCGGAGUACCUCAUUACUAUGCUGGUGGUGGUACCAAAAACUAAUUAUGCUGACUGGCAGCGCACUUACGAGACUCUUUCCGAAAUGGUGGUGCCACGAUCUACAAAUUUGCUUUUUGAGGACCAGGAGAGCGGCUUGUUUAGCGUCACGCUCUUCAGAAAGGCCAUCGAUGAUUUCCGACUCAAGGCCAGGGAAAACAAGUUCAUGCUCCGGGACUUCCAGUACAACGAGGAGGAAUUGAAAGCGGAUAAGGAGGAGAUGACCAGACUCUCGACUGACAAGAAAAAGCAGUUUGGUCCACUUGUUCGAUGGCUGAAGGUGAACUUCAGCGAGGCUUUCAUUGCUUGGAUCCAUAUCAAGGCUCUGAGGGUCUUUGUGGAAUCAGUGUUGAGAUAUGGAUUGCCGGUGAACUUCCAAGCGAUGCUGCUACAGCCCAACAAGAAGAACAUGAAGAAGCUGAGGGAGGUUCUGAACGAUCUUUACAAGCAUCUGGACAGCAGUGCAGCUGCCAUUAUCGACCAAACUACCAUGGAUAUCCCUGGCUUGAACCUCAGUCAGCAGGAAUACUAUCCCUAUGUGUACUACAAAAUCGACUGCAACCUGCUGGACUUCAAAUAGAAGAACCGCUUUUAACCACGUGCCCCUCCUUUUGUUUUGUCUCUGUGAAUAAAUCGAAGUUAAAUUAAA